AUGAGUAAGGCAAAUGAAAUCAAACUUGUCGUUAUUGGCGAUGGUGCCGUCGGCAAGACUUCACUGUUAUCAGUUCUCAAGGGCGAGCCAUUCCCAGAGAGAUAUGUUCCAACAGUUUUCGAUAACUACGCUUUAGAUGUUACACACAACAACAAGCCAUACAGGCUUCACAUUUGGGAUACAGCCGGCCAGGAUGAAUUCGAUAGACUUCGUCCAUUAUCCUAUCAAGAUGCAAAAGUAAUUCUUAUUUGUUUCGAGCUUGAUAAACGUGCAAGCUUUUCAAACUUAUCUGAUCGUUGGAUUGCUGAAGUUAACUAUUUCUGCAAGGAAGUCAAAAUGAUUCUCGUAGGUUGCAAAGCUGACCUUAGAGAACAGUCAAAUGAAAGCGUUAGUGAUGAAGAGGCCCUUGCCUUUGCAAAGCAGCAUGGUGGCAUCCCAUAUAUCGCCACAUCUGCUCGUACUGGCCUUAACGUAGAUAAAGUCUUCCCAACCGCUAUUGAUAUUACUUCAAUUAAGAAGAAAGGAUGCGAACUUAUAUAA